CAGUGGGGGGUUAAGGCUUGACGUAAAUCCGCGUCACGUCGGCCGUCGACGGGCCUCUCAUUCAGUCAACCAGUGAUAAAACAGCUACACUGACGCCUCGAAAUGCAGCGCGCUUGACUUGCCGCGUUAAACCAACGUAUACCUAAUGCAUCUUUGCCUGCCACUAAUAAACCACAAAUGUCAGCCGUCACCGCACGGACAGCGGCGAUUUUAUCACAUCUUAGAAAAUGACUGAAGGUCCGUACAGACAUGAGAAGCCGAUGUGUGUGCGCAUUUGGCUGGAGGUGGGUCAUGCGUGUGAACCUCGUCGGUCUGCGGGGGGCAGAGCCCUAGCGCUCGACUGGCGGGUGUGGGUGAGGGGCGCGCGAGGAGACAUCAGCGGGUUCGUCCACAAGGUGGUGUUCAAAUUGCAUCCGCCAACUGCCUUCGUUUACCCCAAGAGAGUAAUACAAGAGCCGCCGUACGAGAUCCAAGAAUCUGGAUGCGCCUCCAUCAACAUACCGAUAAAGGUGUACCUGAAGUACAGCAGCAAACCAAAGAAAAUCUGCCUCAAAUAUAGUCUCCAUAUUGAGAACAACAACAAGGCCAACUCGGAGUCACGCUGUGUCUACUACGAUUUUGAGAAUCCGUCGGAAACGCUCUGCAGUGCAUUGAUGAAGGGCGGUGGGGAGAUCCUCGCUAGAUCUGGCAACACCUCCAACACCGGGAAACUCGUCGUUUUAUUCGACGAACGGACUAAAUCUAAAGUGAAGAGAUACAAGUUCAUUGAACCGAUACGUUGCAAACAUGCCUCUAAGACCAAAACAUCGCUUGUAGAUGAAAUUUGCCUGAAAUGCGGCAGUUCCAUCAGCUCCGAUAUAAGAAAGCAGCUGCGGACGGUCGACAUGACGGAGGAAGAAAUAAAUCGUGUGUCGCAGUUGUAUUUAGCUUAUAAUAGUUACGAGAGGUCUUUGAACUCUCUGACAUUGCCUCCAUUAUCCGACCCCAUAUAUAAAAUACCAGAACUACCAGCGUCCUUACGUAGCGCGCUAACGAGUGUCGAAGCUGACUACGCGAUGAUAUAGUGCCUUGACUGAACCGUGCCAUGAGACUGUUAUGUGUUCAACGUAGAAAAAAUAUAUUACAAUAAAUAUACUCUAUUUUACAUAUAUUUAAAUGAAUUUGUGAAUAAUUUAUAUAUUUUAGUGUCAAUUUACUUGAUAUGUGCUGUGAAUGUGAUCUCAAGGGUCAAAGCUGUAAUAUAUAGAUACCUAAGAAAUUAUACAUAAUAAAUAUAAUAUUAAGUUAUACUUAUAAUGAUGUUAAAUCGGUUUUUAUUCUUGUAGAUAGUUAUUUAGUGUUGCAACUGAUCAUAUUUUAUGAAUUCAUUGUUUAAAACAUUGCGCUUCCCGUGUCGGUUCCAUUUUUAAAAUUAUUCUCUAUUAUAUAAACGUCAGUGACAUUAAACAAAAAGUAUUUAUAUGAAGAUAGAAGAAAUAUUUUUUGUAAUGAAAAUAUACAUUAAAAUACCUUAAGGACAGGGUAUUGUGAAACUAGAAUUAAUGUUAAUUUUAAUCUAAUAAAUUGUCGUUGUGUAAGUUGUAAGUUUAUUGUUAUUAAAUGUUUGUUGUAGCGCUGUAAGCCUAUAACGAAUUAUAUAUUACAGAUAAUAAACUAAUAGUCAUAGUUGUUACAAGAGAAAACUUUUUUACAAAUAAAAUAUGACGUUAA